AUGACUGAUGCAGCUCUUGCUGAUAGCGUAUCAGUUGUUGGUGACGCUUUACCCCAAGAGUCAGAUGGCUGUGGACAACAAUUCCCGAUAGCGUUUCUGAAGACGGAACGCGUCAGCUGGACAUUAAUCUACGGGAUCCUCGCUACAACUUUAGUGACGCACCUCGCUGUGUCCAUAUUUCUACUCGUCUUUUCACUGUGGUACGCAUUCAUACCUUUGGCAAUCACCCUUCUUGCACAUGCCGUUGGAUUUCUGGCCAUUCGACGACACUCCUACCUCUUAUUCACGAUCUUCAUGGUUUAUGAGGGUCUCUUCAUACUGGCACUAUUAGCUCUAGACGUAUGGCUACUAAUUGUCAUGGAAAUUAAACCGUCACUCAGCUUUUUUGGCAAAAAAUGUCUUGAUUCGAGUCACGAAAGCGGUGCAUGCGAAGGAGAAAUCCGAAAAAGUGCAGCGAUCGCUGGUGCAGCCGUUUCUGCUAUUAUUCUACAAAAUGUUUUGGUUCUAUGGUCUGGGAUCAGGAAUUUCUUCCACUACCUUCGUGCCACUCCCAGAACGAGGACGGCUACCGUAAGAGCACCGGUAGCUGGAGCCGCUCAAGAGGUUCUACGUGCAGUGCCUUCAGCUCCGAAUGCAUCUGAUUCGAUGAGAAGAGCCGUGCAACCCCAGAAUCCCGCCACAGACAGCCGUACUCAACUCUACACCAUCUAUUCGCCCACAGCUCAUCAACCACAACCCACCGAGUUCGUCUCACCCGAUGUUCCUGGCCCCUCAACGAGGCUUUAUCCUGGUCAGGAGAUCGUGAAGGUGAACCCGAACGAAGAAGUGUUCGGCUCGCCUACAGGAGCUUUUCGUCAAUUUGAGCCCCCUCCACCAUAUAUGUAG